AUGUUCAACUAAUGCACAGACUAUUUGAAUCUCUGCUAAACUAAUCUAGGAGGAAACUUAAGCAACCCCAAAAGUUUACUGACAGGAUAGAAAUACUUUUUCCAAAUUGCUACUACCCAAGAGGAUUAACUGAUUCCAGCAGGAUAUUAUUGCAAUUUUACUUUCAAUGCUGAUUAUGAAACUAAUUACUUGAUGACUGUGCAAAGAUAUAGUAGAUACUCUGUGGAGACUCUAAUGCUAAGACUAAAAUAAGAAAAUAAUGUAGAAAAUCUGACCGACUCACAACUACUUCAAUAUGGUGCAUCGAUUUUGUAGUACAAGAUCUUUAGGAUUAAUGGUAUGUCCAUUUAUGCAAAGAAUAACUAUCGACAAAAGAAUUCAACAUUCAUUAUAACAAUACAAGCAUAAGAUGAGGGAUCAAAUGGAUCUGUUUUUGGUGUUAUAUCGUUAGUCCUAUUCAUCUUGAUGGGAGUUUUUAUUCUAAUAUGUGCUGCUGCCAUUAUUAGAGUAUGUUUGAGAAGAAGAAGAUAUUCAUAAGUUGUUUAAAAUCAGUUGAGAAACAGAGAAUCUCGAACUGCUAUUGUUCAAAUUGCUUAGUUAGAAGAAACAAUGCAGAUUGAUAGACUGAAAACUCUUAUUGGUCUAAUUAAAGAAGAAAAGUUCGAGAAAGCAAUGGACGAAUUUAAAUAAAAUGAGUGUGUCAUAUGCUUUGAGGAUUUCUAAAGAGGGAAGAGCGUACGAAAAUUGCCUACAUGUAAACAUUUGUUCCACACAAACUGCAUCGAUGGAUGGUUCAAGUCAAAGAUAACAGAGGCAGUGCAUAAGUGUCCAUUAUGCAAUGGUGAGAUAUCAAUAGAUAAAAUUAAAGAAGCAAUUAUAAAGAGAAGAUAAGAGAAAUUAAAAGAGAAAGACACACUGGCUAAGAGUACAACCAUGAAAAUAACUUAAAAUCCUAAUAGUCAUAAUUAUGCAAACAAUAACAGAUUUGAGAGGUCUUUUACUAGAACAUAAAAUACAGGAGGAAACAAUAACAUAAGAGCAGAAAUAAACAGAUCCUGUCAUAGACUAGGGACCAAGAUUUGA